AUGCAAGUAUUGGAAUUUCAUAUUUAUGAAUCUUAAUGGAUGUUACGUAAAGGAAAGUAUAAAUGCUUUGUUAAUGUCUCUGAAAAACAUCUUACUCAUCAUUACUAAUAGACUGAAUUACCUGGUAUACAACUCUAAAUGUAAUUGAUACGUCGAUUACUAUAUUGUCGAUUGAAAAUUAUGCGUAAACAUUUUCUCAAGUUCAAUUCAAAAUAGGGUCGGAUACUCACUUAACUAGAUCGAUGCAUGUAACUAUGUCAUACCAUGCAGAAUUACAUUACUAAAUGUUAAGAUGUACUUACUGAGCAUCAAAAUACAUCCAACCGCAAAAGUAAAUAUAAAUUAUUAGGUGAUAUGCAAUCACCAAGAGGUAAUUCUAAACUCAAAUAAUUCUUAAUUGAAUUUGAACAUGAACCUUGGGAUAAAAAAUCUCUUAUUUGGUUAAGAUAUCAUGAACAAGAACUAUUUAUUUCCAUUCAAUAGAUCUUAAUGUUCAAUUAUUUGUACUUCAAAAUGACCAAUCUCAAAGAAGCCAAUCGCUUUUUACACAAACUCAUAUAACUGAAAUUUGUUAAAAAUGAAAAAUCAGUUACAAUAUAUCAUGAAGCUCUCACUCUCCUUCAUUCUGCUUAUUUUGAAAACUCUUAUGUUUUUUAAAAUCAAUUCUUUGAUACCAUCUCUGAUAUGCUUGUAGAUUCUCUACGUGAGUACUAUCGUCCCAAUUCUAAUUAGAAGAAAUGUAAAAGAUUAAUGAAACAUUAUGCUUAAUUAUUAAUUAUCAAUUUGGAUUUGUAAAGUAAAUCAUUAGAAUACAAAGAUAAAUAUGAUGAAUCUGCAUUAAUGAUAUCAAUGGCCAAUUAUUUAUGUUAACAUAUUUUAACUUUUGUAGGAAAACAAGAAGAAUUAAUCAAUUACAUUAAAUAUGAAUAUGAAUACAAACAUGAAAAAUAUGAAUAAAUUAUCCUUGAACAAUAAGAUCUUAAUUAAUUUGUAUCAUUCUUAUAUGGAUUCUAAAAAAAACGUCAUUUUGAAUAAAAACCCUAAUUCCCUCAUUAAAGUAAAUAUGAUAUCAAUAAUAAAAAUGUCUAUUUAUUUCAUCAUACAAGAGCUAAAAGUGAUUUUAAACCCAUAAAAGAUAUCUCUAAAGAAGCUACAAGAGAUGGAAGUUUGUUUAUACCCAAUACUCCAUCUUGUAGUAAGGACAAUACUUAAAGAUUGAUUCAUAAACCACAUAAACAAAAGAGAAGGAGACAUUAAGAAAAUCAGAGUUAUUUAAGUAAACUUAUUUACUUAAGAAGUCUAUCUGAUUAUAAAUUAGAUUAAAUGAAUGUAGAAACUGAUCUAUAAAAACAUCUUAGAGGUUUAGAAGAAACUUUACAUAAACUUGAACAUCCAAAUCAAUUUAAAUCUAUUGAUUAGGUUUUUAAUUAAAAGAUUGAAUCAAUUACUUUUGAAAAGUGUUUAACACUUGAUUAAGUAAAGGAAACUGCAAAAAAGAUCAUAGCUGCUGAAUGGGAAGUUCAUAAAGAAAUGCCAGUUACUAAGAGUCUAAUGAAAUCAAUAUCAGUAUCAGAUAUUUAAUUAGAGAAAUUGUAACAAUAAUACAGCAAAUUAUAAGAAUACAUAGAACUUCAGAAAAUUGAUUAUCAUAAUACACAAAAAGAUUAAGCUUAAUUAAUUAUGAAAGAGAAUAAGGAUUUGAAGAAAUUACAAUUGAAUUAAUAAUAAUAUUAAAUGAAAUUAAGACAUCAAAAGGUUUAAUAAUAAUUAUCAAUACCUAAAAAAUUAUUGAAUUUAUAAACUGAUGAAGCAGGUCUAUCUCCUAAAUUCAUUAAACGUAAUACUUUAAUGUUGAAUUCCUAUAAUGCAACAAUCUUUGAUAGAAUGGAUCCUGCCACAAGAUAAAAUAAAGAAUAUAAGACAGCUUAAAAACAAUUAAUGGAUAUGAUGGUAUCAAAUCUAGAAUAAAGGGAUGAAUUAAAUUCAAAGAAAUUAAAUUCUUUUAUUAAUAUCAGUAGUAUACCUAAAUCAGUAACAAGAUUGCCAUCACCAAAAAAUCUAGAUGCUUCUACAUAGCGAUCUGAUCAUAAAAAAUCUUUCGCUUUUUCAAAUAAUUCUACAAGACUUGAAAUAACCAAAUUUUGA